GCUGAAGGUAAGAUCUAAUAGACAGGAGCUUUGCUGCUGCAUUACCAAAAAAAAAUCUCCUCGACAGAAUGAACUCAAGCCACACUGAGAAAGUGGAGAUUAUUGAUUUUUGCUAUGAAUUUUUAAAUGGUUCUUGUCCAAAACAUGUCUAUCCACUAGUUUUGAGGGUGCCACUUUAUUUGUUUUUUGGUUCAGUGGUGAUUUUAACAGUAUUUGGAAAUAUUUUCGUCAUUGUAACCAUUGCUCAUUUCAAGCAGCUUCACAUGCCGACUAACUUUCUUGUUCUUUCUUUGGCUGUAACUGAUCUGCUGCUGGGAGCUCUUUAUAUGCCACCUUGUAUGGUACAAUCUUUAGAAACUUGCUGGUAUUUAGGGACUGUAUUCUGUAAAAUACACAGCAGUGUUGCCAUUAUGUUGUGUACUGCUUCAAUUAUAAAUCUGUCUUUCAUUUCCAUUGACAGAUAUUACGCUGUCUGUCACCCCCUUCUGUAUCACAGUAAAAUCACUUCCUCUGUCACAGUAAUUAUGAUUGUUAUCUGCUGGAGUGUUUCGGCUGCAGUUGGGUUUGGAAUAAUAUUUCUAGAGCUGAAUAUUCUGGGUAUUGAAGAGUUUUAUUAUGAGAAUGUUGCAUGUGAAGGGGGAUGUGUGUUGUUUCAAAGUGCAGCAUCGAGCACUGCUUCCUCUGUCAUUUCAUUUUACAUCCCAGGUGUUGUGAUGCUCAGUAUAUAUAUAAAGAUAUUUCAUGUUGCACAAAAGCAAGCAAAGUCUAUUCAGCACUCAAAAUGUAAAAGCAAUAUAAAAUCAGUGUUGAGCAAAGAAGAGAAAAAAGCCACAAAAACCUUGGCCGUGGUUUUGGGUGUAUUCCUCUCACUCUGGACUCCAUUUUUUAUUGCUAAUGUUAUGAAUCCGUUUAUCGGUUAUGCAGUCCCUCCAGUUUUAAUUGAUAUGCUGGCUUGGAUUGGACUUAUGAAUUCUACUUGUAAUCCUAUUGUUUAUGCUUUCUUCUACAAAUGGUUUAGAAAAGCAUUCAGGAUUAUUAUAUCAGGUCAAAUAUUUCAGCCAGGGUCUUCAAGGAUUCAUCUGUUUUCACACUAAAAAAAAGGAAGAAAGAAAAUAUAGCCCAUGACAAAAGCUGUCUAAAGGUAAACUUGCCUAUGCUUUUUGAAACACUUAGUAAAAAAAUGUGUAAAAAAAAAUAUAUUGUGGAUAUGUAUGUACUCAUUCAUGCUGUACGUUCAUGU